UUGUGUGUGUGAAAUACGUUUUCGCUCCUUCUUCUUGCCAAGUACCCAUUCCUUCGAAACGCAUUAUCUUCAUCUUUUGCAGUUCGCAGCUUCCAGUCUUCUUCAACAGCUGUGGCCGUGCUUACCCCAGAGCAGAAAUGGAGCUCUGUGGCUCUAUAACUGCAACGGUUCUUCAAUUCAAGCCAUCUCGCUCUCGGCUUCGUCCUUAUCUUCUCUCUCCUACAACCUCUGCUUCUUUAAUUCAACCCAGCAAAAGAGGAACCUUUAAUUCUCACAAGUUUUCCCCUUCUCCUCUCCAAUUCGCCCGCCCUCAACACCCAUCUACCGGAAAAUGGAGUAGUCGCUUCGCAGCUUCGGCGUCUCCGACAACCGUCAACCCCGAAAAGGACCGAUUACCGGCCGACAUCGAAGUUGCCGAAACCGAAGAGCCCAAUUCAAGUGUUAGGUUGACUGUGCAGGUUCCCUCAGUUGUAUGCGAGGACUGCUACAAAAGGGUCAUCAAUGAGUUUAUGAAGCUGGCAAAGAUCCCUGGAUUUCGGCCUGGGAAGAAAGUUCCAGAAAGUCUUCUUAUAAGCUAUGCCGGCAAGCAAAAUGUUCGAAAGGCUACAAUUGAAUCUAUUUUGAAGAGGACCCUUCCACAUGCCAUGUCUUCAGUGACUGGAAGGGCUUUGAAAGACUCUGUCCGCAUUGUAACCAAAUUUUCUGAUAUGGAAGAGAGCUAUUCUUCUUUCAACUCUAUCCUUCGCCGUUCAUCAUCCGUUUCCAAAAACGGAGGGUACUGCGUGGAUCAGAAGAGGAAACUCUACACUUUUAGUGGAUCGGAUCGUCGUUUCGGAGAGUUUCGGGUUUUCCCAAGAAUCGAGGAUCUCGAGUUGUUGUUUUGGACCGUUUUCGUACGAAGUUUCAUUUCGAAUAUAAGGUACGAUGUCAUUGUUGAUGUAACACCAGAAAUCAAAUGGAUUCCUGAGAAUGGAUACAAGAACUUGAAGGUUUUUGUUGAGCUAGACAGAGAUAUAGAUGCCAAGAGAGCUUCUGAGCAAGAAUUAAGACGUCGUUAUAAGUCUCUAGGAUCGCUUAGGAUUGUAACGAACAGAGGACUACAGAUCGGUGAUGUUGCAGUCCUUGAUAUAUCAGCUACAACAAUUGAUCAAGAUGAAUCAAAUGUUCAAAAAAUUCCAUCUGCAGAGAGCAAAGGGUUUCACUUUGAUACAGAAGAUGGUAAUAAACUUCUUCCUGGUUUUCUUGACUCGAUAAUUGGAAUUCAACGAGGUGAAACAAAUUCCUUUCCACUCGUAUUUCCUGAAUCAUGGAAACAAGAAAAUCUCCGUGGUGUUCAUGCACAAUUUACUGUUGAAUGCAAAGAACUAUUCUAUAGAGACUUGCCAGAGCUGGAUGACUCGCUUUCUGAUAGCCUUUUACCUGGAUGCACAACCCUGGGGCAGGUCGAGAAUUUGCUAUUGCAAAAAUGCCUGGAAGUGGAGCAAACUGCUAGAGAACAAGCAACAGAUAAUGCAAUUCUAGAUCAGCUCAGGGAGAUGAUUGAAGUUGAUAUUCCUCUUUCGUUGUUUGAAGAACAAGGCAGGCAGCUUUAUGGAGCUAAACUUCUUCAGAUACAGGCAAAUAUGCAAUUAAAUGAACAGCAGAUGGCAUCUCUAUCUAGUCCAAGGGCAGUAGCUGAGUUCCUACAAAACCAGGAAGAGAAUAUAACAAGUGUGAUAAAACAGAAUCUGGCUGUCGGAGAUAUAUUUAAGCGUGAAAAUUUGCAGUUUUCAACAGAUGAGCUUGUCAGAGAGGUUGAGAAUUCCAUUGCCGAAUUCAAACGCCAUAAUCAAGAAUAUGAUGAAGAGCGAGUGAAAGAACAGGUGCAAGAGAUACUAGAAGGAGCAAAGGUGCUUGAAUGGUUGAGAGAACGUGCAGAGAUUCAGUACAUAACCAGGUGAGGAGAAAGCACAGGAGGAAGUAUUGUUCAUUAGGCCUUAUAGUGGGAAGCUAGGAAAUGCAUCAGAGCCACUCUUUCAUGUUUGGAAUUUAUUUUUUUUUUCUUGCUAUAUGAUAUUCCAAAAAGUUGUAUAUUUGACGCCAUUGAUGGAGGGGAAACAAACAAAAAAAAAUUAGCAACGGACUAACGGGAAUCUGUAUCAUAGAGUUGUAAAUUUUGAUGUAAACUCAUCUUGGGGAAAAAAGAAUGCAUGUUAGCUUCAGAUCU